AUGUUUGGAGCUUGGGUGUUGUCCUAUAUGACAUGCUGUGUGGCUACCUCCCGUUCGAUGGUGACAACUUUGUGGAGCUCCAUGAACAAAUCACUAAAGGACAUUAUGACACUCCUGACUGGCUGUCUCCUGGUUCUGUACUGCUGAUUAAGGAAAUGCUGCAGGUGGUUCCAGAGCGGCGCAUAAAGGUGGAGCAUCUGCUGGAUCAUGAGUGGGUAAUGAAGGGGUACAGCAGCCCUGUGGAAUGGCACAGCACAUGCCAGCUGGAUCAUCUAGAUGAGGAGAGCAUCACCGAGAUGGCUGUGAUGUUCAGACAGUCCAACCAAAGCACCAAGCAGCUGGUGUCUGAGUGGAAGUUUGAUCAGACCACACGUAUCUUUUGCUCUUGAGAAGGAAGCAGCGCAGUAGUCCAGUGUGUAGCUGAGCGGAUGUGUAAGAAAUCCAGCAGGAGACGUCGUCGGCGCAUCAAGGAAGGACGAUGGUGGAGCCGUCCAAUCAGGACACGUUACAUCUCAAUUUCACAUUUCAGUGAUUGUUGCAGAUGUUUCUCUCUAACCCAUCCGCUCUCUCUCUCUUCUUUUACCAGAACGAUGCAUUUUGGGUAUCUGUGUGUGACUGGUUAGAGGAACUCCACUGAGGUGCCGCCCUUGUUGAUUCACACAGCUGUAUGAGAAGUGUAGAACAUGGAUGACCAGGAUCAACAAGCAUCAAAAUCUUAUAACAUUAAAUAAUAAAUAAAUAAACUUACUGAAUAUA